AUGGUCAGUCAACCUGACGACUACGCAGCGGUGCGUAAAGACAUCGCCGCCCAGCUUGAGAAGCCCGGCUAUGACGACGGUAGUGCAGGUCCCGUGUUUCUUCGUUUGGCAUGGCAUUCAGCCGGCACGUAUGAUGCAGAGACAGACACGGGCGGAUCAAAUGGAGCGGGUAUGCGAUACGAAGCGGAGGGCGGUGACCCAGCGAAUGCAGGACUUCAGAUUGCGCGUGCGUUUCUCGAGCCGGUGAAAGAGCGCAAUCCGUGGAUUACGUAUGCGGAUCUUUGGACAUUGGCCGGUGUCGUUGCUCUGAAAGAGAUGGGUGGUCCAGAUGUGAAAUGGUUGCCUGGAAGAACGGAUUAUGUUGACGACAGCAAGCUGCCUCCACGCGGUCGCUUGCCCGAUGCAGCCCAGGGAUCUGACCAUUUGCGACACAUCUUCUAUCGUAUGGGUUUUAACGAUCAGGAAAUCGUCGCACUAGCGGGUGCACACAACUUAGGACGCGGACAUAUGGAUCGAAGCGGUUUUGAAGGUCCUUGGGUGAACAAUCCGACGCGAUUCUCGAACCAAUUUUUCAGGUUGCUUUUGAAUCUUGAUUGGAAGCCGCGGACUCUCUCGAACGGUGUGAAACAGUUCAGCUAUAGUGACCCUGACGCAUCCGAAGACGAAAAGGAAGAGCCGUUGAUGAUGCUGCCCACUGAUAUGGCGUUGAUUUCCGACACAGGGUUUUUGCCAUGGGUCAAGAAGUACGCGGAAGAUAAAGAUAUGUUCUUCCAACACUUCGCCGACGUAUUUGCGAAAUUGCUGGAGCUUGGAAUCAAGCGUGACGCAAAAGGAAACGUGAUGAACACGGACAAUGUACUCGGUGGUUACAUCUCCGCUCCCAAGAAGAGUGCAGCACCUACAGGACCGCUCAAAUCAGAGGAACAGAGGCAGCAAAUUGUUACGAAGGCACGAUUGUAG